AUGCCAUUACCAAACCCACAGUCGAAGAAGAUUCGACUCGUAUGUUGCGAAAUGUUGCUCCGGUUCAUUCAUUUUCGGGCAACUGUUGCGGCCGCCGCUCGCCACUUCUCGGCUGAAGCGGCUGCGCAGAAGGCUGUCGGGAGAGGCGGCGCAACGGCAAGAACAGGUGGCGGGGGAGACACGCUGGGUAGGAGACUGUUUAGCCUGGUUUAUGCGAAACGCAGUGCCGUAAUUGCAAUAGGGAAGUGGAAAGCAGAGGGCCACAAGGUGCAGAAGUAUCAGCUUAAUCGGAUUGUUAGAGAGCUCCGAAAGCUCAAGCGGUACAAGCACGCUCUCGAGGUUUGUGAAUGGAUGACACAACAGCAAGAUAUCAAGCUCAUGCAAGGUGACUAUGCUGUGCACUUGGACUUGAUUGCAAAGGUUCGUGGUCUAAGUAGUGCAGAGAAAUUUUUUGAAGAUCUCCGAGAUGAAAUGAGAGGCUGGCAAACCUGUACUGCUCUUCUUCAUACUUACGUCAACUAUAAGUUGAUUGAAAAGGCUGAGGCUUUAAUGGAGAAGAUGUCUGAAUGUAGUUUCUUGAAGAAUCCCCUUCCUUACAACCAUAUGCUAUCUCUGUACGUUGCAAAUGGGCAAUUGGAGAAGGUUCCUGAAGUCAUAAAGGAGUUGAAGAAAAACACUUCACCAGAUGUUGUUACUUACAAUCUGUGGCUGAGGGCAUGUGCCUCACAGAAUGAUGUUGAAACUGCGAAAAAAGUCUUAGUGGAGUUGAAGAAAGCAAAAGUUGAUCCAGACUGGAUAACAUAUAGCACAUUAACCAACUUAUAUAUAAAAAACCAACUCAUUGAAAAUGCAGCAUCGACUUUGAAAGAGAUGGAGAAAAGGGCUUCGAGGAAAAAUCGACUCGCUUAUUCUUCCCUCCUCAGUUUGCAUACAAACAUGGGAGAUAGGGAUGGGGUACAUCGGAUCUGGAAUAAAAUGAAAUCAUGCUUUCGCAAAAUGAAUGAUGCUGAAUAUACCUCUAUGAUGUCUUCCCUUGUGAAACUUGAGGAGAUUGAAGAAGCACAGAAUCUUUACUCUGAGUGGGAGUCAGUUUCUGGACGGAGUGAUCCCCAGGUCCCAAACAUUCUCCUUGCAGCUUAUAUCAAUAGAAACCAGAUGGAAGAAGCUGAAAAUUUUCAUCAUCAUAUGGUGCAAAAUGGCUUCCGUCCUUGUUACACUACUUGGGAACUUCUAACAUGGGGUCAUUUGAAAUCAAAGCAGAUGGAUAAAGUUUUAGAUUAUUUUAAGAAGGCUAUUAGUAGUGUUAAGAAGUGGAAUCCUGACAAAAUUUUGGUUAGAGAAGUAUUUAAGAAUCUUGAGGAGAAAGGGAUUGUUGAAGAAGCAGAGGAAUUUUUGGUUAUGCUUCAGAAAGCUGGCCAUGUGAGUACAGAGAUAUAUAAUUCUGUUCUACGAACUUAUAAAAACGCAGGUAAAAUGCCCCUAAUAGUUGCAGAGCGUAUGAAGAAAGAUAAUGUUGAUUUAGAUGAAGAAACACAUAGGCUCAUAAAAGCUACUUGCAGCAUGUGUGUGAGUGAAGUCUCAAGUUUUGUGUCUUGACAGAACAGAAAAACUUUGUAAGCUAACUCAAGUAUUAGGAGAUUUGGUAUAUUUUUCCAGUUUGAUGAUUUCUGUUGAUAAUGGAUGACAAUUCAGAAGUCAAUGACAAAUGGGAGUGGUAUCGUAGUCCAUACACUUGAAUUUAAUUGCAGAAACAAGAGUUGUUCAAUUUCUUUUAGAUUGAAGCUCUUACUGGGAACGUGUGAGGAGAUGUAUUGUUAAAAGAAGAAGAAGAAGAUGAUUAGUUAUGAGACUUGGUUUACUGUUUUAAAUCUCUACGUAAGGAAGACAGGAACUGAGUAGAUGGCAUUGAGCUAAAAUAUUCAAGCUCAAGGUGCAUCCAUUGUGUCCUGUUUCAAAUAUGCAGGAUCUUAGCUAACCUAUUAGGCCCUGCCAUCUGUGGACCAACCUCAUCAGUGGUAAUUAGUCCUCUGAUCAUCUGAUUCUGAACUUUAUUGCUCAACCUGACUGACAAACUAUUUUGUGGGUCGGAUUCUGGCACUCUUAUAAGUUAUUUCAAUAUUCAACUAGAUUAUCAACAAACUGAUUUUGUAAUUUUUUUUUUUAUAACUGAAUUGCUUCCUACAUUUGAUA